AUGGCAACGGCAGUGCCCAAUGCGAAGGACCUGGCAGCAACUAAGAAAAAACAAGUGGAAGUUGAUGGCAAGAAGCAGAGCGACGGUGAAGACGAAGAUGACGAGCCGUUUUUGACGAAGAUCGCAGAGCCCACGUACCCCACUCCCAAGCCGCGUACGGAUAUUAACAAAGCCUACUUUCCGGGUAAAGUGUACCGCUCCACGUCGCGUGACGUGGUGUUCCGAGCUAUGGCAGGUAAUACAGCCAUCACAACGCUCAAGGUACUGGCGUGGCUCAAGACUGGAUCGAGUGCAAUGCUCUCGGAGGCAAUUCACUCCCUCGUGGACACUGGUAACCAGGCCAUCCUCAUUUUGGGCUUGAAACAGGCAUCGGGUGUGCCGGACAAGAAACAUCAGUACGGAUAUGGGCGUGCUGCGUACUUUUGGUCACUCAUUUCAGCGCUGGGAAUCUUCUGGUUGGGCUCCGGAGUGACUGUAUUCCAUGGUAUCCAGUCCAUUUUGGAGCCCCCGAAAGAGCUUUGCCUGUCGUGGGAGAUCUGGUGUGUGCUCGCAGCUUCUUUCAGUAUUGAUGGCUGGGUGUUGAAGCGGUCAGUGCAGGAUUUGUUAGCCUCCAAGCCCGACAAUAUGUCGUUUUACCAGCACGUGAAGCGGACGAAAGACCCGUUUAUGAUGGCUGUGUUGCUCGAGGACAUGGCGGCCUGUACUGGCGUUCUCAUGGCUGGAUGUGGCAUCGGAGCUAGUCAUAUUACAGGCAACCCGUUGUGGGAUAGCCUUGCCAGUAUUUCUAUCGGUGUGCUUCUCGGCGGCGUCGCCGUGUCGCUCAUUCGACUGAACCAGAAGUAUUUAUUGGGCCAGUCAGUGGAGCCCGAGAUUGAGAAAGGCAUUCGUGAGUUGUUACUGGCGCGUCCGUCCAUUGACAAUGUGUAUGCUGUCCAGUCGCAGUGGGUUGGUCCGUCGACGUUUAGCUACAAGGCUGAGGUCGACUUUGACGGGACGUACCUGGCGGCGAAACUACUUCGAAUGUACAAGCCUGUCUUCUUAGAAACGAAAGAUUUGGAAAAUGAUCUGCCACUCAUCCUGGCCUGGUACGCUGAGGAUGUAACCCGUCUGGUGGAGAAGGAAGUCCAGGAGGUUGAAGAGGUGAUACGAGGCAUUUACCCUGAGGCUGCCUUCAUUGAGCUGGAGCCUGAUAGUAAGGAGUCGGAGAUGCGUGCCGUAUUAAGCAUGCAGACAAAGUCCUCACGCACGAGCGAGCGUGAAGCAAUGACGCGUGCAUUGGCCCUUCUUGCGCGGACAUUAGAACCCGAGCGCCGCCGCUACGCGGCGUUUAGCGUCGUGAUCGAUUUCACGGGCCGUUUCUGA